GCCAGUUACUGUACGUCUCUUCUUUCCAAGGUUAGAUGCAUUCUCCGAAGAAGACCUUGGAAACGUGAUCUGGACUAUCUAUAACAUUCGCAUAAAAAAUUCUUUCAACUCGACUCGGCUCUGCACGACCUGUACACCUAGCUAUGUGUUAAUUUAAUAUUAAUGAGUUCAGGUGCUGCUAUUGUUAGCGAUGCCCGUGUUACAAUAAAGCAGCGAGCCUGCGCGCUGAGAGACCCUCCGGCGUUUCUCCGCAGUGCUUGAUGGGAGCCCGUGGCGGGAGACGGGCUGGUGCUGCAGUGCGAGCGGAGAAGAUGCGGAGCGGAGCUGCGAGCGCCCAGCCGCCAGCCGCGCCAGCCGCCGCUGCCGCAUAGGAGCAGGAGCGGGCGAGUCUCCCGGACAAUCUGCUGCAGUUGCUUCACAACAGCAAAUAAAUAAGCGACUAAUCUGCAAAUAUCUGAAAAUAAAUUUCAUCCUUCCCUGCAGGUUUUAUUAGUGGAUGUGUAUGCAUGUGUUCUGCACCGAAUGGGCGCAAGAACCGCCCCAAAUCCUCCGGGAACAUUUUUCAGAUCGGAAAGGCACCUCACAGGGACCCGGAGCGGCGGGAGAGCACGGAGAGCGCGCGGAGAGCCGUGCGUGGCGUGGAGGAGUGCAGGAUGACUGUCCAGGAGUUCAACACGCUCGUGGCGCUGUAUCGCGAGCUGGUCAUUUCCAUCGGGGAGAUUUCCGUCGCGUGCCCCUCUCUGCGCGCGGAACUGCACAAGACACGAGCCAGAGGCUGCGAGAUGGCGCGAGCCUCGCACCACAACCUGUCUCUAAUUUAUGGGCCAGAGGACGGAGAGAUCCACCCAGAGAUCUGCAGGCUCUUCAUCCAGCUGCAGUACUGUCUGGAGAUGUUCAUCACUGAGAUGCUGAAGUCCGUCUGCCUGCUGGGCUCCCUGGAGCUGCACAGGAAGGGGAGUGGUGCUGCGGAGCCGAGCGCCGACAGUAAGGGGGACGAGAACUCUGACGUGCCCAUUCUGGAGGACAGGUGGACCCCACCUGGGGAGUGUCUGCAGGACACCUGGCUGCUGUGCACAGACAUAGAGAACACAGAGAGGGAUGUGCGAGAGAUGAAGAAUCUGCUGAGCAAACUCAGGGAGACCAUGCCUUUACCACUGAAGAACCAAGAUGACAGCAGCCUGCUGAACCUCACCCCCUACCCCCUGGUCCCACAGAGGAAGAGGCGUUUCUUUGGGCUCUGCUGCUUGGUGUCCAGCUAAGAGCCUGCCCCUGACCUCUGACCUGGAAGCAGUAAGGACACCAUGUGACUAUCCCCCAUGAUCCUUCAGUUCUUGUGUCUUACUGCCGUUGGCCAAACAGCUCUUUCUUUUGCUGA